AUGGCAUCCGCAUCCCGCUACAUCGAUUAUCCCACGCCGCCUCGCUCCAGCUCCCCCCCGAUGGACAAGCACAACAAGUCUUCCCAGCGCUCGAGCUACCAGGAUCGCCCAGCACACGAAACGUACUUCCUAGAGGCAGCAGAUCGACCUCGGCCCUCAUCGCCCAACCACUGGGACCGCGAUGCACCUCAACAUCCCGAGUACGAAUACCUGCCUCCCCAGAGAUCCCACUCGCUCAAGCAAGAUUAUGAUCAAUACCGUGCUGCUGCCGACUCCCAGGAAUACCCACAACAGGGCAGCCAACCCAACUACAACCAUACGGGCAGCAGCAACAGCAACAAGUACUACACCCGUCCCACUUCUCCGUCAUCCCAGAAACCUCGCCCGCAACAACAACAACAGACCCCGUCCAGACGACGAUCUUUCUCCCCGCCCAAGACCAUCAGACUCUCCCCACGGCCCCUCUACUACUCGCCCACUAACCCGCUUCCCACGCCCUACAAUGCGUCUCGCCCUUUGCCGCGGCCCGGGCUGAUGGCGCGCCUGCGGGCGAAGCUGGUGAGCUGGGUCCGCGCGUGGGUCCGGUGGUGCAAGCGCCACCCCGUCACAGCCGGCAUGCUGGCCUGCAUCCCCGUGGUGGCGGGCGUCGGGCUGGUGCGUGCCGUCCGCAACCUGGGUCUGGCUGCGGGUAUCGGGGGCUACCUCAAGAGCCUGAUCGAUGGGCGGACUCACAAGGAGACGGAGACGGGGGGAGGCGAGAACACGGACAUGAAGUGGGAUGAUGGCAUUGGGCAGUUUGCCGGCUUCGCAGGUGUGAAGGAGGAACCUGGGCCGCUGAGGGGGGUCCUGAAGAUUUUGCAGAUGGGCGUAAACCACUAUUGCAGACUGACUUCCUCGGCUGUACCGAAACUGGCGAGCAUCUUGCUUGAGCUAUACUUCCUGGAGGCCAGGAAAUAG